AUGGCCGCGCCCAAAGCCCGCCGCAACACCACCAUCAUCGCCGCGCUAUUGUACCUCAUCUCUAUACCGUUUCUCAUCCUCACCCUCAUCGGUAAUACGCACGAUAGACCCGUCUUGCGAGACACCUACUUCUUCAAGCUAGACGUUGCCCAAAUCAUCCCCAUUGCCGUAGCAAACGCGGGGCUGCUCAACUCUGUAGCCAGGAGUUUGGGACUCCACGACUUCUACCAGGUUGGCGUUUGGAAUUUUUGCGAGGGAUACAACGAUGUCGGCAUCACGUAUUGCUCGCCUCCCAAGACAUUCUACUGGUUCAACCCAGUCCAAAUCCUCGUCAGCGAGCUUCUCGCCGGCGCCAGGAUUGCUCUGCCCUCCGAGGUCCUGACGAUUCUGCGACUGCUCGAAAUCGGAUCCAAAGUCAUGUACGCCUUCUUCAUGGCCGGCACCGUCAUCAACCUCGUGCUGCUGCUGGCCACGCCGCUGGUCAUGCGGACGCGGUGGUUCUCGCUGUUCCUCUCCCUGCUCGGCGGCCUCUCGGGUCUCGUCCUCACCGUCGCCGCCAUCAUCGCCACCGUCAUCAGCGUCGCCGCCAAGAUUGCCCUCACGGCGCAGGACCAGCUCAACAUCAAGGCCAACAUUGGCGUCAACAUGUUUGCCUUCAUGUGGAUUGGAGCCCUGACCACCGACUUUGCCUUCCUGCUCCACGCCGCCAUGGGCUGCUGCUGUAAGCCCGUUCGCGGCAGCAAGUCGCCCAGCGAGCCGUCACCCGAGGGUAGCACGAAGAAGCCAAUGACACACCUGGCUAGUUUUAUAAGACGGCGAAGGGGGGCGUCCCCUGCGUCGUAG